GAGAGAGAGAGUCAAUGUGAGUGCACUUGUGCCAAUAAAUACAGCUGCCACACAGAGGGAAGGAUAUCACACUUUAAAUCUACAGAGAAAGAAAAAGAAAGAUUCAACUAAAACAGAAUCAAACUUUCUCCUGGUUGGAAACAGAAGCAGCAGUGAAGAGAACGUGUUGAAUCAUCACCAUAUAAAUACAGCUCAUCUACUGGAGGAGCACAAUUCAUAAACUGUCAUGGCUCCCAGCUUGGCCCAGGCAUACAGGAGGAGGUGGUGGAUGGCUAUCACAGCCAUUAUAGAAAACUUGCUCUUCUCUGCUGUUCUGCUGGGCUGGGGCUCCCUGCUCAUCAUGCUGAAGAACGAAGGCUUCUAUUCCCACCUUUGUAUUGAAAAUGAGACGAUCGAUACCAACGUGACUUCCAUGGAGAGCGGUACGUGGCGGAGCUGUGUGGAGCAGGAAGAGGUAUUGAAUCUUGGCUUCACCAUUGGCUCGUUCCUCUUGAGUGCAGCCACUUUACCCCUGGGGAUCUUGAUGGACAGAUACGGGCCACGCCCACUGAGGCUCAUUGGCAGUUCAUGUUUUGCAGCCUCCUGUGCAAUAAUAGCUGCCGCUGCAUAUGACCCAGAAGUGCUGUCUGUCCUCAUAUUCCUCGCUGUCUCCUUCAAUGGCUUUGGAGGAAUCUGCCUGACCUUCACCUCACUCACACUGCCUAACAUGUUUGGGAAUGUACGAUCAACCAUCCUCUCCCUGAUGAUUGGCUCCUAUGCUUCUUCAGCCGUCACCUUCCCAGGUGUCAAGUUAAUUUAUGACCUUGGUGUGUCAUUCUGUGUCAUCAUGUGGGUUUGGUCUGGUAUGGCCUGCAUGGUCUUCCUCAACUGCUUCCUAAACUGGCCUGCUGAAUCCUUCCCUGCACCUGAAGACAUCAGAUACACCAGUAAAAAGGUGAAACUGAAUGGGAUUGUGACAGAGGACAAGAUGACUGGGGACAGGUGGAAGGUGGAAGACACGAUGGGAGCCAAGCAGCCAGAACUCGAGCUGACAGACUCCCAAAGCACAACCCAAGACUCGGUGCCACUCUGUCAUUCUAUGUGCUCUCCCAUCUUCCUGUGGAGUCUCAUCACCAUGGCAAUGACCCAGCUAAGGCUGAUCUUCUUCAUGGGUGCCAUGAACAAAAUGCUGGAGUUCCUGGUCACGCAUGGCGACCCCAACCCUUCAGAAGAGCUGCAGAAGGAGGUGGAGGAACAAGUUGGUUUCUACUCAUCUAUCUUCGGUACAAUGCAGCUGCUGUGUCUACUGACCUGUCCUUUGAUUGGCUACAUCAUGGACUGGAGGAUGACGAAGUGUGAAGGGGAAAAUACAAAUACACAAACAGAUAAGAGCCAAUCAGAUCCCCCAAAGAGAGACAGAAAGAUCCAGAAACUGACCAAUGCCAUGAGAGCUUUCAUCUUCACCAACCUCCUAUUGGUCACCUUUGGAAUUAUUUCCUUGAUUGACAACCUGCCCAUACAGGUGGUGUCGUUUGUUCUGCAUACCAUAGUGAGAGGAUUUAUCCACUCCUGCUGUGGAGGGCUCUAUGCUGCUGUGUAUCCAUCCAACCACUUUGGGACACUGACAGGCAUGCAGUCAAUGAUCAGUGCUGCUUUUGCUUUGCUCCAACAGCCACUGUUCAUUCUGAUGGUGGGACACCUCAGUGGAGAUCCUUACUGGAUCAAUUUGGGCCUUCUCGUCUUCUCCCUGGCUGGCUUCCUGUUGCCGGGCUAUCUGUUCUAUCACCGUAGAAACCUGAUCAAGGCAAAGGCAGAGCGUGAUAGGCUGGCUGCCAGCCAGUCAGACAAAGAGAAUGCUCUUCUAACCAAAUCAGAUAGUGGAACUGCUAAGAGCCAAGCCAAUGGGCAUGCAGCUAAUGGAUACACAUCAAUCGGGCAGACUGUUUAAGAUGAUUGAUAGGAGUGAAAUUUAUAAUAACAGUUUUUUGUUAUUGUCGUUCAAUAGUUUAUGAAUAUUCCGAGGACGUAAACGCAACCACAUUCAGGUGUGAAAACUAUGACAUCUAGCCAAAACAAAACAAGACAAAAAAAUACAUAUUGAACAAGGUUUAUUUCAUCUUUAUUUUAAAAAAAAUGUCAGGCUUCUCAUCUAGAAAAUAGUCUUUGACUUUUCACAAGAUGCCAUCAUGUGAUCAUUUAAAAAUGACAUGUAAAGGUGUCUCAGGGGUUAGCACUGUCACUUCACAACAUGAAGGCAUAGGGUUUGAAUCUCAGCUCUGGUCCUUCCUAUGUGGAGUUGAUAUGUUGUUCUCCUGUUUAUGGGGAUUUGCUUUCUACGCAAACACCCUAAAUUGCCCAUAAGUGAGAAUAUGUGUACAUGUGAUGGACCAGUGAAUUGCAUUCAUGUUGGAAAGGCUUCAGUUCCCAAACCCCUGACCCUAUCAAUAAGUGACAAAAGAACAUAAAAAUUCAAGGACCAUACUAGUGUUUCUGCAUGUUUUAUCCUGUUUACCAUUAACCACAUACAGUAUUUCCAGCCAUUUUUCAAAGCAUAGCUUAACUUUUUUGAAUAUUGAAUGGGCUUGAAACUUGCUUGCGUUAAAUAAUGCAAGCCAAUAAAGCAGGCCUCCACAUACUCUAUGUGACAGUUACAGUAUGAGCACUAUUUGUUAUCUCGACAUAGCUAGAUCAUUUAGACAUGUGUUUGAAGUCUACUUUAAAGGAUAGGUUCACAAGUUUCAUGUCUGUCUUAGAACUAUAUGCCCAUAUGUACACUGAAACAGGUUUUGCUUGCUGUAAUCAUUCCUCAUGUUCAUACUGGCUAUUGAAAGAUCCCUUCUGAUACACUUUAAAUGGAAAUUAUGGGGGACAAAAUCCACAGUCGUCGUUCUGAGCAAAAAAGUUUUCCUGACUGAGUUAAUAUGAAGCUUCAGCAGUCUGAGACAAAUCAAGUGGAUAUUUUCCAAACUUACAAUUUUUUUAUUAAAAAAUCCUCCCCUCUUUGUGUUUUCCUGAACGGUGUUUGAUGGACUGCAAAAGCUUCAUAUUAACUUCAGAUAAACUUUUCAAUACAUUUUUGCAUGCUGUGGAUUUUGUCCCCCAUCACUUGUAUUAAAAGUGCAUUAGGAAGAGAUCCGUUCAUGGCCACUGUGAUCAAGAGGAAUGAUUACAGCAAGCAGAACCAGUUUCAAUAUGGGCACAUCACUGUUGUUUUAAGGCAGAAAUUGUCAAGCUAUCAUUCGAGGUUAUUUACUGUAAAUGACAGAAACGUAAUUUGUUAUCUGUAAAUGAGACAGUUUCGAUCAUGACAAAACCUUUUAUCUCAAGAUAAUGACAUAUUUAAAGCAAGACUAUGUAACUUUUGAAAAAGGAAAUACACAUUCUUCCUCUUACUAAUGGAAAAGUUUAAUUCAUAAACAAUAAAACACACUUCAAUACACUCAGGGGUUUUGCUUCUACAGCCUUACUUGGUCUGGUCGGUUAAUAAAUGUUAGCUACUGUUACAGACUUAGAUAUUAUAUACGUACUAGAUAUUGCUCUAUAAUCGAUAUUACUAGCCACUUCGAUGACUCUUCUCCAAUUGACAACUAUCCUGUAAUUAUCACUUGUGGCAACCAUGGCUACUGUUCAGCAAUAGUUACAUAGUCUCGCUUUAAGUUGUGAUGUUAAGCUAAUGGGCCUAAAAAUAAGUAGCAACCACAGCCACUCUGUGCUUCUAUAUUUGACAUAGAAAAUAUAUAUGGCAAAAUACAGUAUAUAUGACAAUUUCACGUGGUAGUUUCUACUCUUGAAGUAGCUACUUGCUGAAUUCAGCACGCUAGUAUGAAAGCAACAAGCAACACGAUAAACAGCCUGCAGGUAGCAUUGCAAAUAAUCCCCCAGUGGGUAUUAAAGGAAUAGUUGAAUAGAAGAUCGAUACCACUCUCACGUUUGUGUGUUAAUUUGUAGGUAACCGAUUAGCUUAGCAUAGAGAUUGGAAGCAGGGCGAGACAGCUAACCUUUCUCUGUUCAAAAUUUAAAAAAUUCACCUAUCAACACCUUUCAAGCUCACCAAUUAACAUUAUUUUGUUAUUUAGUUUUAUCUGUACACAAAUAGAAAUAGAGGCAUAUUGCCUCUAUCCAGGGUGCUCACUGUUUUUGAAACAAAUUAAGGGAGGAUGAGUAAGGGAAUUUGUUUUUCCCUUGUUUGCAGGGCAUUCUAAAUAUGUGAGUUCAGGUCAGGUUUACUACUUUGAUUUAAUUCCUUCAAUAAUGAAAAAUAGAUCUAACUCAUUACUAGUAUUGCAGCUAUGGGAAAAUAAUUUAAGGGUUAUAUUUAUUUAACUCCCUUGUUUGCAUGGCCAUUAAUAAUCACACGGUUCUAAACAACAUCAUAUACAAAAUCCUAUAAUUGAUAUUUUGAUAAUAACAAUGUAUUAACUGACAAUGUGAAAACAAUGUGAAAGGGGUCGCUCAUAGUGAUGAACCUACAGAGACUUAUCACCUGAAUCUGCUUUAUAGUGAGUUUCAGCUCAUUGUUUAACUUGUUCAACUUUAGCCUACUGUUGUGGUUCACUCUCACUGCUCUCAUAGUGUCGUUUUCAGAUGCAGCAGGCAGCUGUUUUCAGAGAAAAAGCUCUAAAAACCCACUGAACACUACCUGCUCAGCACCAAUCAGCAGAAAAACAAAGUUAGAGAGCAACUGGUGAACAUAGCGGAGCAUUUAGCAGCUAAGGAGCCAGAUGUUUCCCUCAGGAGUUGGUAGAGACCUAAUACAGAGCUAAAAGAGAGAGAAUAUUGGACUAACAUUCAUCAUUUGGCCAGCAACACGACUCCAAAUGAAUGAUCAUGAUCAGAAGUAAGUUCCCCCAUAUUGAAGGAAAUUAAGUCAAGUUUAAUAGAUCUUUGCAUAAUACAAAGCAGAAAACAGAUAAUCCUGAAAUUAGAUUUUUUAAUGUCUGCUGCCCUGGCAUUUAUCAGCUCCACUCAAAGCAGAAAAUGAGGCAAAUGCUUAUGGAAGGUACAUAUUGGAAACUUUCUCAACUAUUUGAAACUGUCAGCUUGUUUCUCUCUGCACUUAGACUGAAUUCAUCGUAUUAGCAGCAAGCAGCCUUUCUGUGUGCCACCUGUCAUAUUGUGAGUUUUAUAUAUUUUAUAUGGUGCCGUAACAACACCUCUUCGUCAGUUUGACAGUUUUUAAAGUUUGUCUUCUGAGCUCAUGCAUCAUGUUUUUUCUGACAGUUUGGUAAGACUGAUAUUCUUGUCGGUAGUGGUUCUUCUUUGCUGUACUUGAACUUGAAAUGGUUUAACAUGACAUCACAAUCUAGGGAUAUUUUAGCCAAUCACAGCUCUGUUCAGGACAGUGUUUCUUAGGAGGACAAAUAUGAGAAGGAGGAGUUGAUGUCACAGAAAGUAAUCUCAGUAUUAAAUGACAGAGAAUCAGAAAGUUCAAGGAUUUUUGUGCAGGUGCUGAACCCAUAAAUAAUAAAAUUCAUUUUGAUUUCAAUGUCAGUGAAAUGUCUGCAACAACAAUUCCUUCUCCUCUCCUCUCCUCUCCUAAAGGUUUUUUGAGAUUCUGUGCAGGCACAGACUUGUUUGGAGCAAAAACAAAAAUUAAGUGCUUUGGACGUGCCUCGGGUUGACCCGUGCAAAGUGCAUUCUGCUAAAGUUUAAAUGUCUUGAUUUAAAGGCAGCAUUCGCACAAAUAAAGAAAACACCUUAUUUGAAAUUAUGUUUAUUGACAUGCACGUGCUCAUCUGAUAGCUGCCUAUAGACAGAGUAUACAGCAGGCACACCUGCAAAGAUAAUGCAAUCCAAUACAAAAACACAUAUUCUGACAAAGUCUACAGGAAAUUGGACAUAAAGGUAGUAUUUAUUGUACUGGAUUGCAUCAAAAUGUACAGGUGUUGCUUUUAUUGUAUCCAUCUACUAUGUGUUAUUAUUUCAUUAUCAGUGGUAAUUAAGGCCUGUUGGUCACAGCAGAAUCAACGGUCACAGCAUUCAUCAUUGCUUAUUUUGGUGAUGAAGAGGGUAAGAGGUAACAGAUGUUUAUUAUCUUUAAAAAUUGAAAAACCAGGGAGAUUAUAAUUUAAAAGAAUUGUUCACUGUAAAUAAAGAGGAAGCUAUAUUUUGUGUUAGAUUUAUUUGGUUUCUGACUUGAUUUGCAAUGUUGUUUUGAUUUGUUGUGGAGAAAUGUAAAGUAUUAUAAACUAUCAAACAUUUUAAAUGAAAUUGUGUUUUUGUUCUUGUUCCCAUAUUUCCCAUUUAAAAACAUAGGAAUUUGCUAAGAAACCUCAAAUAGAUUCCUUAUAUUCCCUGCAUUAUGAUGAACUACUAGCUCUGAUAUUUAUGGUAUUGUAAUGCAGGACAACCUAAUAAUGUACAUACCAUGUGUUUGUCAGAUGAACAGUUAAAUCUGUUAUAUUAUCAUAUUAGGAAAUUACAACAUUUACACAAUUUGUCAGUUGAAAAUCAGUGAAUGCCUGUAUUUACAUUUAUUCAUGCUAUUGGUAGGCAGGAAUGAUUGCAAAGUUAGUUGCAAGAGGUACUCAAAACACAUGGCGUUACUGCCAAACAGGAAGUACAGCACUAUCUCUGCAGCAAUUGGUGUACUGGCACAAGUUUCAUAUUAAGAAAACUGUAGGAUUAGCCACAAAAAUAAAGCAGAACACCGCAAGGAGCUGAACCCCAUCUCAGUAAACUGAGAGUCCAUCACCAGUGUCUUUUGCUUUUUGUGUCUAAAAACCUGCAUGGUUUGUGGUCAAUGUCACACUAUUUUGAGAGACUCAGCUGCAGCCAUAUAAUGUGAAAUAAUAAUUUCAGUUUUGUCAAAUAUCUGUAACUUUGGAACAAUUGUUUGAUUUAUUAUACUUUCUGAUUUUUAUGGUAUUGUAAUGCAGGACAACCUAGUAAUGUUGUUAGUUAUUUACAAUAUUUCCACACCAUGUGUUUGUCAGAUGAACAGUUAAAUCUGUUAUAUUAUCAUGUUAGUAAAUUACAUUCAUGUCAUCA